CAUACACACAAAGUGCAAAGAGCAAACUGCUAAAUAGGGCUUUCUACAUUUUGCCCUACCUACUGUAUACAGUAUAUCUGUUACUGUUAUUAAAUCGCAGCUGAAUGGGGACCUAGGCCGUGAUUGAAAUACCGUUAUUCUUAUUCAUCACCUGUGUGCGUGUUAACUAUUGUUUCGGCAGCACACAUCAAAAGGACUUUUCAGAUAAAACAAGGUUACAACAUGAGUGGUUUGCAGACAUGCAGCGGGACAAGGGCUGGUUUGCUUCGACUACCAGUAUCUAUUAACCAACAAUUCUUUAAUCGAGAUCUCGCAAGAACAGCUAUAAAAAAACAUGAGACAUAUUUGCAAGAGAACCAAGACCGUCCACAUCGAUUCGCCAUUCGUAAUUUCCUCGCCGUCUUCCAUUUUAGAUUAGGGAAUAUAUUCAAGGCAUGCGAGUACUUCGAAGAGACUUUAUGGGAAGAUGAAACCAACAUAAAUGCCAUAUCAGAUUUAGCAUACGUUAAUGAGAAGCUGUAUCAGCAUUCAUUUGCUGAGGAACUUACGGAAAAACUUAAUUCUCUCAUGGAAUUGCAAGACGAUGCGAAUAACUCACAGAAAGAAAUAAUGUUGAAACGGCGUAGCCGGUGUAUUGCCGAAAAAGGAUACAUUUUUGCGAAUGAUUUAAUUAGGGACACAGUUUCCAUUGACAAACAAACAGCAGCAAGUGAAAUGUAUUCGGAAGCGAUCAGACUAUCAGAAGGCAUUGUUGGCAAAGAAGAACUCCAAGAUUGGAAGUUUUAUCGAGGCUUACUUUAUAAAGAGAUGUAUAAUAUACAUCUGGAUUUCUACGUCUACAAUUCCGCAACCACAGACGAAUUGUAUAAGACGAGUGAGGACGGCUUCAAAUACAACAUGUCAGCCACCAAUAAGCAUCGCAAAGCGGAUGCAUACAGCCUUUUAGGAAGUUUAAUGGCAAAACGUUGUUCCCGUGGUAAGUGUCAACCAAAGAAAGAAGGUGGUCAGUUCAAGAAAAAUGAAUGUCAUUGCCGUACAGAAGCGAAUGAGUUUAUUAAGAGAGCUCUCCAUAAUGAUCCAACGAACAUUCGCAUUUAUGUUCGAUAUGGUCGCGAGUUGGCGCAUUCAAAGGACUUCGAAGGUGCUUUGAUUAAAUUUAACCAGGCUAUAAUGCUGGAUGAAUCUUCUACGAAUUGGUUUGCUUAUAGUUCAAGAGCUAAUUGGUAUAUUGAUAAGUACAUUCGAAGUAAACCUGAAAGUAAAGACCGGGGUUAUUUACUUUUAGCGGAAGCUGAUCUACUUAAAAGCAUUAUGGGAAAUCCUUCACCAAUUGAUUUGGGAAAACUGGGACACGUGUAUUAUCUGUUAGGACUAACAGCUAAAACCAGAGCUACUGAUUCCGAUGGGGCAAGAUGUCGAAGUAAUGAUGCUAAUGUAAAGGAUGAUAAAUAUUAUUUCCUCAAGGCACUGCAUUACUUCAUGAACGCUACAGAAACUGGGGAUGGAAAUCAGCGACAUGAUAUCCACUUCAAAAGAGGGCAGUGUUUACUUGAUAUGAAUGAGUUACGUGGCGCCGUUGAAAGCUUCAAAAAAGCUCUGGAAUGUGAGCGUCCGAACUGUAAAACAGUAAAAAAUGUUGAAAACUUGAUACUUUCAUUGUUUGAUUUGUACGAGAAAGUUGAGCAAGAUAAUCAAAAAGAAAUUCUUGCAGAAUUGUGUUUUUGGUGGUGCUUGGGGUUUAAGAACAAGUCUGUUGAGUCCUUUGUUAAUAAAAAGAAAAAUGUAAAGAAGAUGCUACGUCUCCUGGAAGCACUGUUGAAAAACCAUGAGGCUGAUCAAGACAAGGUUGUUACAGACCUGGCAGGUAUUUUGAACAAAAACGAACACAAAAAAGAAAAAGUAAAAACACUGUUAUCUAAAUACACACAUGGUGAAGUUUUUAAUAAAAACAGUGCCACAUUCAAAAGCAAGACAAUUUCAGAGAAGACACCAAGAGAAGAGGGUGAUGCAAUUCCACAUCGUGAUAACAAAACCAGAUCCAGAUCAGUCCAGAUUUGUCAGGAGCAUACAUCAUUUGCAAAAAGAACUAUUGAAAGUAGAUCUGACCAUGACCAACUCACAGUAGGUCUACCUGUUGUAGACGUUUCUGCGAACAUUCCCGUUAUUGUUGCUGCAACAUCUGCUGCUGAAUUGGAUGGAGCUGCUGUAGUUAAUGCUCCUAUUACUACUGCUCCUGCUACUACUGCUGCUGCUACUAACGAUGCCACAGUCGCAGUUGUUGAUGAUACUAACGUUGCUGUCAUCACAGCAAGUAGUCCACCCGCUACUGUUGGUCGUACAUUUGUAAAUAAUACUAGUUUUGUAGGAAGUACUAAUAGUACAUUUGAGUAUGGCAUUACCGCCUCUACUGCCACCACCAAUAACAUCACCGUCAAUACAACCACCACCACUACUACUACCACUACCAAUAAAGAGACUCUAAAAAGAUCGGAAACCCAUACUCUGUUAAAAAUCGAUAGUGAAGGAAUUUGUAUCACACCAGUUAGGGUCCAUCCUUCUGAACGUACAACAGAGCAGAAACAAUGUAGCAUCGCCGAUGUUGUACAAUAUAUCUGUAAACAACUUGAUGUGCAUGACUCAAGUAAACAAAGUAAAACAGCUCGACCCACCGUUCCUCAUCCACCGUCUAAAAGUAAGAGCGGGUUAGAUUACGAUUUCUUUGUUGUAUUCUCAGGAAAGCAAAAGGAUUGGGUGUAUUACACGUUACUUUCUCGUCUAGAGCAAACAUACAGAUUCAAAGGGUGUAUACCCGACCGAGAUUUUGCUCUAGGAGCAACUGUUUGCCAGAACAUAGAGAAAUCUGUUGAGAAGUCAGCAUGUACAUUGGUUGUGAUUGAUGAAGAGUUUUGUGAAGACCAUGCACUUUGUCACAGACUGUCAUACGCUUAUUUAACCAAUGUGCGAGUAAAGAGGCUCCUGAUACCUAUAGUUAAAGAGCAUCCUCGCAAUAUUCCGAUGGAAAUAUGCAACUUAACGCCGCUGAUUGCAACAAAAACAAUCAAUUUGUCGAAAUUAGCAAAAGAUAUUGAGAUAGCAAUUUUGGAAGAUACCGUAUGCCCGGUGUAGUAUGUAACAAAUAGAUAUUUUGAUAUUGAGUCAUCUAAUUACAAUAUAGAAUUUGUAUAUAUAUAAUAUAUAUAUAUAUAUAUAUUAUAUAUAUAUAUACGCAUGUGCUUAAUGUUUAUCUCCUGUCUAUUUCCCGGCAAAAGACACGUUCACAGCGUUUCGGUAACGUUAUUAAUUAACUGGCUGGGAAGAAUAUUAUGUUUAUAAUUAUGUUUAGACUAGUCCAACUAGCCGGUUUUUGUGAAAUAUAAGCAGUGGCGUAUCUAUUAGAGGUUUUAGCGCCGGUGGGGGGGGGGGGGGGGGG